CGCGAGUUUUCGACUGGUACACUUCAUUGUCAUGAUCUUUUUCCGUGGAUACUUGGACAAAAUUUCGUAAUGUCACAAGAAAACGGUCCUUUUUCGCCAGUCUGACAAUAUUUACACCAGGGCUAGCAGCUGUCAGUUUGCUAUCUGUCGAUUACCCUUAGUCAUACUAGUUGCAUUGAUAUUCUUCUUUUUAGUCACAUUCCUUUUUUGAUACUUUAUUGUUAGACUGGAUUCUUGAAUAAUCUCGUUUUGCCUUGUUGCUUUAUUAUCGUUAUAAAAGUGGCCAUUGGUCCAUCGUAUAAAUUCCCUAUGAGACGUGUGCAAUUUCUAUCAUGCAGUGAGCAGCAGGAUUUACGAGAGCCAGCCCAUCAUGCUAGAAGACCGAUGAACGCAUUCCUCAUCUUUUGCAAACGGCAUCGGGGCUCGGUACGUUCUGGUUUCCCUCACUUGGAGAAUCGAGCAGUGACACGCGUCCUUGGAGAAUGGUGGGCAACACUUCAUCCUGAUCAGAAACGUUCAUAUACCAAUCUUGCUCAGGAGUAUAAAGAUGCCUUCUUGAAUGCAAAUCCAGACUUCAAAUGGUACAAGUUGCCAGCACCACCUCUUCGAACUUUAACCACAAGGCCGACAAAUAAAAAGUCAGAACUAGGAGCUAGCGAACCUGGUGAUCAACAGGAGGAUUUAAAGUUUGAAUUUGAAUCUUCCGAAAGAAUCUCGUCAGAGAAAAAAGAUGGACAGGCCAUACAACCAGGAAAGUUAGCCGAUGAGUCACAAAUUGGUGGUCUCAGCUCUCUCUUCACUCCACAAAAGACACAGUCGCAGAACGAUUUGCUGACAACCAGCAACGAUAUUACCAAUAGUGAGAACAACAGUGGCGGCGUCCCGAAACCUCCUAAGAAGAGAUACAUCGAACUGCCUCUAGAUUUCGAUCAGAAGAGAGAAUGUAAGAUUGACUUGUUUGGCGACAAGAAAAAGAAAAGAUCCGAAUCCAAUAACAAUCUUCAAGAUCACUUGAGUACCGUGGAUGAUGGAAACGGUAAUUACUUCGAGGGUAACAAUGCUUCUUUUGAAGAAAAUAAUCUUCGCGGUGAGAGAACUUGUAAAGGACUUCGGUACCAGAAGUUUUUGGCGGAACAGCUGAAAAGUAUUGCUCCGAUCGGCCACCAAACGAAACGGAAGCGCGGCCUAGGUCUACAGAGCACAGAGGAAUGCUCGAAUGAAAGGAGAAAUUCAAUAUCAUCGAAUGUCAGUGAAAAAACUGACUCUGUAAGCAGCGAGGGUGGCAAUAGUUCUCGGGGUGAUCUGGAACACCUUGUUGAAAGUGCCGAAGGAAAGGUUGAAGCUUCGAAACCCGAGGAAACAGAAACUGCAGGUACCGAAACCCAACCAGAUUACGGACCAUGGACAGCACGCAAGAGAUUCAAAGCUGAGGAUUUCAACCUGGAUAAAAAGAUUCAGGCUCUACCAUCUCUAAGUCUCGAGGAGUUCCAAGAGAAGAAAAAGCAGCAACGUACGAAGAAAAAGAAAAUUGUCCAGAAGAGUAACUCGAAUGGUAUGAGUUCAGGAAUUGGCGUAAGCAGGAGACAUCAUAGCGAUUCCUCAUCUAGUUCCCAAUCAAAAUCCUCGUUCCAAAGUGUCAGCGAGAGUCAAGAGGAAGCCGAAAGAGCAUUGCUGGUCGGCAGUCAGAAGAGAAAAGCACGAAAGCAAAGUAUAACACGAAAUGCAGCUGCGACUAGUGUCGUUGUCAAACGGCAAGAUGAUGAAGAACCAAAUAAAGACUGGUGCGCAUCGCCGGGCCUCGAAGCAUUGGCUUGCCUCGCAGCGGUCGCCGCCAACCGAACGAAACUCACCAAAUAAUGCGCAAACGAUUCUUUCCUGAGAUACCUUCACUUACGCAGUGGUUACCCUUUACGAAAAUUUUAUACUAACCUCUCACUCCGCACUCCCAAUAUAAUGUUAAUUUUCGGACACGUGUUACGAUUAAUUAUCAUCAUCAUUAUUA